GAUAGGACUUAAUAGUAGUGACUAACAGCAGUAAAAAUAAAAAAUACAGUACGAGUACUAGUACUACAGUAGCUUGUAGUCCCCUGCCGUUACUCCGUACCCGUACUUCUACCAUACCGUAUGAUAGAUGGAAACUGCUCUCCUGAAACGAUCCGCUUCACUUCCUUGCAGGAAACUCCAUUAUCACUCCGCUCAAACUUUUUCUGAAGCAAACUUGAAACUCGUUCAAUAGAGUAUGAGUGCAUUACCACCAGCGAAACUCAAGGCUUACCUUUCGGAUGUGAAGGAACGUUUCCUCGACGAUUCUUCACCACCCAAAAGUCUGGGUGAUUCCUUUUUUGGCGUUUUGAAGAUGGAAUUGCUACUGAGGGGGGUAUUGGUCGCCGAUGAGAAAAAGAUUUGGAGUCAGGUACAAUCAUCUGUGGGUAAAAGCACUCUGGUAGAGCAACCAGCGUCAAAAAUUCCAAAGGCAUUGUUAGCUGGAGCGAACGUCAUAGCAGGACGUGUGGUAGAAGUAUUUUACAAAAAGCUUACGACGUCCGUAUUACCCUCUGUUGCCCGAGAUGCUGAUGGAAGCAGAAAUUGCGAUUUUCUAAAUGAUAUUGUUACCAACGCGGAAACCGAGGGUGCUCGCCAACGCGCGGAGGAUGUCCAAGACGACCGAUGGCUCUUUCUUCUGCUGCGACAAACGACACCAUCGUCGUCGUCGAGGCCACCGCCACACUCCAGUAACGUCAUAUGUGUUGAUGACUAUGUGAGUGGGUUGUUGCAAAUCGCUUUGGGAUAUUACACAACAGCAGCUUUAAUCCAAUCUGAUACUCCGCCCAUGUGGAAGAAGAUAUGGGAUGUUUGGGUCAACUUAGCCAAAGGUGCUUCGUUGCCUAACAGCUACAAUGCGAACGGAGCUGAUGAUCAGCCUCCGCACGAAGCUCAAAUUGCGAUCGAAAACCUAAUUCGUAUCGCUCUCUUAAAAAACAAUAUAAGACGGGCGUCAGAGCUUCAAUUGCGCCUUGUACAGAGUUACUUGAAUCCCAACCGAAUAGUACUCGUUGAGACCUCAUUUUUAUCUUCAAAAAAGCGGGAGAAAACUUAUAUUCCAACUACAAUUGCGGAGUGUUUCGGAGAUUCUGUGACAAAAGAGUUACCAUUGAACAAAGAUAAAGUAACCGAGAAGCUUAUGCUGGCAGAAAAAGCCCGGUCGACCUUACAAAUUUCCCGGUUAUAUUACGAAGAAGAGAUGAGAAAGCUCAAAGGGGAUCACAAUUCGGCAAAGAUGAGUUCUGACUUGAUGCUCUAUCAAGUACUUUGUGUUGAAACUGUGUUGGCAGAGGACGACGCAAAGGUACAACAGGAAGCGAACGAGAUGUAUAGGCGAUCCACUACCGGAAUCAGUCUUGCUGAUUGUGUUGAGAUAUGUCGAACAUCAAUGGAAAUAUCGUCGUGUAACAGCAGUGGAAAGUCGGGUUUUGAACAAGCUACGAUUUUACGAGAUAUGACGAUCACCGCGUGGAACUCGGCCGCAGCGUCAAUAGAUUCAGAAACCGAACUGGAUUUUCUCACCUCUUUGGGCAAUAUUCAAAGCGUGCAUCUCUGUUUUCAUUGGGUCAAUCAAUCCAUUCUUCGAUUGAAAAACAGGGCAGAAAUCAUUAGUCGGAAGAAAUCCCAUUAUUUUGAACCAUGGAAUGAGCUCCUCGAGUUCAUUCUUCCCAUUUUGAAAGAAGUUGAGUGUCAAAUAACAAAGUUUACAUCAAUGUUGUCAGUCAAGGAUGAUAUACAACAGCGCAUGCCAGUCAUAAUGAUGUGGUUGAAUCAAAGUUUGGGCGAGAACAGCGCUGAAUACAACGAUUGGAGCCGAUGUGCAUUAUUGAAACUAAUUGAUGUUGUAUUUUCAUUAUUGCCAAACGUACUCUGGAUGCUGUCUGGAGAUGAAAGUAGAACCAUUCCUCAUCUUGACCAGGAGAUGAAACUAGCGGCUGAUGUACUAUCGGGGCUAAUGCUAUGGGAAGAAAGGGCCGAGUUGCAACGACAACGAAGCGAAAAAGAAGCACCGACACUAGGAUCCAAACAGAGUCAGGGAGCAUCAAGGAAAUCGGAAUGGCAACAUGCAAAAGUAUCUGCUAUGUGUUUCAUUUGUCAAGGCAGCCCUUCUGAUAUUUAUCAAAUUACAAAUGAUUCAAUUUCCAGUAGUAAAAAGAAAAAAACAGGGGGGUUUCUAUCUUUUUUACGAUGUAUGGUGGCCUGGUCGGGUUGGUUCCAAAAUCCAUGGCCGUACUGUACAAAUUUGGGGGAUGCUAGGCGUUUGGUAGCUAAUGCAGAGCUGGAUCUUGGUCGAGAUUUAACAACCUUGGAAGAAAUACUUCUGCAAAUUGCAAAAGCUGAUGCAGAGUUAUUAAAUGGAGGCUUCAUACAAGAGGCCAACGAACUAUAUAUCAGUGUAUUGGCCAAACUUCAAUGUAACGAGUGUUCGAUCGAUAAAAAUUCUACGUUGCUGCUACAAGCUCAUUGUUGCAAUGGAUUGACACGUAUUCAACACGCUGAUCAACAGUACACCGAUCCCAAUGAUGCUAACGUGUCGUACACCACGAAUAGCCUUAAUAUCCUUGAGAAUUUGGAUUUGCCCCCCGAAAUCCCACCUCUUUCUAUAUGGAACAUGCGAUCAAUUUUUUCAGCGUCAAAAGUUCAUGAACUUAGUGUCACUCGCCAACUAAUUGCUGACUCACUUAUUCAUUUUGGUCGUUUCGAAGAGGCGCAAUUCUUCCUGCAGAAAGCAGUUGCUGACUCGCCGUCCGAUCCUAACGCGGCUCUAGCUUUGGGGGCUUUCCUGUUACGUCUUACUAUUUACAUCCACAAGGAAAGGAACACGGACAAAGAAAAAGAAGCGCAGAUUCAAUUACUCAAGGCAGCAAAAUUGGAUCCAUCGAAGUCAAACCCUUUCGCUCUUCUGGGUGUAUGGUACGAGGAAAACCGGGAUUUGAAGAGAGCGCUUAAAUGUUUCGCGAAGAGCCUCACAUUAGACGCAUGCAACCCGAUCGCAGGACGAGGUAUGAUGCGUUUGUCCCGCGACGGAGCCAAUCGUGAUGUUUUCGACUUGGCGAUCAAUAGGAGCUCACCCCUGAAUGGUUGGGCAUGGCGCGCAGUCGGUCUGAGGAAAGCCUACAAUGAUGGGGAUGACGCGUUAGCCGUUGUUGCAAUACUGAAAGCAUUACGCUGCCGGGAUAUUGCUCUCCCUGAGAAGGAAAGCCUAGGCUUGUUCUACAAUACUCCGUCUUCAGUCAUGGCUAACGAAAAAUCCAUUGCACUCGCCGAAGUUGGGAUGUGCUACCGAAGACUAGGUCGUAUGACAGCUUCCGUCCGAGCUUUUCGCGCUUCGAUCGAAGCUGCUGGAGUUAAUUCUACACAAUCUACUACGCUCAUAUCAUGUGCACAGGUUGAACAAGAAUUGGGUUUAUUUGACGAAGCGGCCGAAAAGUUUGCAAUAGUAAUUGAUCGGGAAGAAACCCAUGGCCGAUCGGUUGCAUUAUAUGGCCACGCAGUGGCAUUAUUCUCAAUAGCAGAGAGAGAUCUAACGGAUGGAAAGGCUGGUGUAGCAUUCGCUCGUUUACAGCUCGCGAUUGACAACUGUCAGAGAUCUUCAAUCCUUUCUGGAUGUGAAUUGAAACUUCUUGGAGAUUUGUAUUCCUUUGGGGCAUUGUUUCCGACUGACAUAUUUUGUGAUGAAAAAACUCAGAAUCACGACUUGAACCUUUGUGUAAUAAAUCAGCUUGAAUUUAUCUCCAAAGGGGAGGAUGCAUUCCGAUCAUCUCUCAUCACACGAAGUGAUUGCUCCGAUACUGAUGAUGAAGGUAUUGCUAUUAAGAGCUCGAUCUUAUGUGAUAUCGCGUCAAAUAUACUUUUGCAGUGUCAGUUGCUAUCCUCACAAGGAAAUGAUAUCAAAAAGGUUAGCGACACGUACAAUCUUGCGGAAGAAGCCUUUCGUCACGCUAUCGAGUUCAACCCGAUCCACGCAGCCUCCUGGUGUGGUCUAGGCUGCUCUGUCCUGAAGACUGAUCCUCUUUUGGCUCAGCAUGCGUUCAGUCGCUGUGUUCAAAUAGAAAAUACUUUUCCGGAUGCUUAUGCCAAUGUCGGUUUUCUCUAUACUUCGAAGCUUGCAUUUCAUGCAUCGCGGAGCACAAUGGAAGCGUUGACACAAGUUGCUGAUACUCCAAUGAUGUGGAUGAACUGUGCACUCAUACUAGAGAGGGAGGCAGAAAGAAGUCUCAAGGGAGAUCAUGUUGGUAGACCAGAAGAUUUUAUCAGUCAGGCAGCUGAUGCUUAUCGGGCCUCCUUGCAGGUGAUGCGGAAUCCCGAGGCUCAACUGGGCCUAUCUCUAACUAGUCGAGUGCUUCUUUCACACAACGAGACGAAUGACGACAAUGCGUCGUCUAGUGUCUUUGCCCUGAAAAGAAAAGAUAGUUACUCUUUCAUGAAAGAAUAUGUUGCUGCAUCUUCUCAUGACACUGUUAUAUCGUCGAUUUUCCAAUGCGUGAUGUCAAUGGAGAAAGGUAUAAUGGGGCCUCCACAUGCAAUGUGGCAAAGUCAGAUCUAUACGGAGGGAAAAGAAAAAAUUAGACUAGUUCAAACAAGUCAAAGUGUUGUCGGAAAGUCAUUUAGUGAUCCUUUGAGCCAGAGGCUUGCAGCCUCCGCUAAAAAUUUGACCGAAAAUGAAAAAAAAAAGAAAGAGACCCUGCCGCUGCCUGCGACGGAAAAUCUUCAAAGAGAAAUGUUGCUUCAUCCGGAUCGCGCUGAUCUUUGGCUGUCGUUGGCCAAGUUAUUCAUUGAGAAUGAUGCCAUUGAAUCAGCUAGAACAGCUGCUUCUAGAGCAGUGGACAUUUUGUCGCUUGAACUAAUGGCAUCCUCUCAAAGUCUCGGGAAGAAUCUGCAACAUGUAGAUGCGAAUAUGAUUUCAGAAGCCUUAUCCUUGCGAUGUUGGCUUCAUGAAACACAGAAGAAGGCCGUGGCAUCGUGCGACAUGCAGCUCGCUCUAUUGAUGGACCCUACUAACUUAGUGGCACGACGAGGCCUUUUGCUAGAAGCAAAAGCUGGGAGUACUUGUAGUCAAUGAAUAGAUCUAACUCGUCUUAUCUACUAUUUCAGCCCUCGGAAAUGGCAGGAUGAAUUACACGACUUGGUUAUCCCCCGCUUGAUGUAAGCGUCUUGCAUCUUGUGUGGCUGUCAACGAAAUGUACGAAGUGUGACACCACGAGUGUAGCGUCAUAUUUUUGUUGUCGUUACUAUUGCGCUUAACGGUUCUGAGAUUCUUGAUCUGUAUUUCCACUGAGGCCCCCACGGGUGUUUCGGCUCGCAGUUGUUCGGUGUGACCUCGAUCUUCGCAUUGGCCUUAAAUCUGAUUCAAAAUUAUGUGGAACAGGAAUGUUCCUGGCGGUGGGGACAGGACAUUCAAAACGCCUGAAACCUGACUUUUUUGCGUUUCUUCUCGUUGGCUCCGGUUCGACAAAUGGUGGGCUAGGCCAAAGUUUACCUUCGUGAGAUUUCUCUGAACAAAGAACCUUCCGUACAUGAUCUUCUGCUUCACUGAUACAAUUCCUUAUUUUCUUUGAUGCGUAGUCAUUGACCGGCGAACCUAGGUCGUGUGGGCAGUGGGAGUCGUAUGUCUCAAAAGGGUCCUCGAUAGAAAAGAAAAGGUUUGCUUUUCUAGCUGCAAGUUUUGGUAGACUCACACUGGCCCUCUUAAUUGACACGGCGUAGAUACCAAAAGGGAAGCGUGAGCUAUAGAACUCGAAAAAACCAUAUAGCAAAAGACUUAAUGGUAACUUUUCGAAUUCACGAGGUGGAGUCCAUAAUUCGGCACUUCGUACUGUUUCCCACUCUAAAGUGCAGGUAUCCAAAUUGUCAAUAAAAUGCCAGUAGUUUC